CUCAAAUAGAAAUACUCUUAAACUGCACAAUUUUGUUUUAUCGAAACGCUGGAAUACAUAAAACAACGCAUUAAAAGAAUGGCUUAUGCCGAUAUGAAUGAUUCAGAGGAGGAUAGGAAAAAUUCUGGUAUGGAUAAAUUAACCGGUGGUGGAAGUCGACUAAGAGGAUGUUUUGGUGAUCGAAGAAUGAUACUAUUUAUUGUAUUUGUUGCAUUAUUUCUAGACAAUAUGUUAUUAACAACAGUUGUUCCUAUUAUCCCUGAUUUUUUAAUGGCACAUCGUACAAGAAAUUUAUCAACAACUUUAAAAGAAACUUUACUACAAGAUGAAUAUUGUAUAAGAUUAUUAAAUGCAUCAGAUAAGAAACGGCUACAAAAAUCUAUAUUAUGGGCAUCUAGAGGACAUGUUGGUUAUAAUAAACCAAUAGAAAUAAAAGAUGAACUACACGCUUUAUUAGACGAUGAUAGAAUAAAAUAUUUACUACAGGAUACUAGAUUUAAUCAUUGUAUAGCAAAUGCAACUGAAGAAAUUGAUAAGAUAAUGAAUGAAGAGAUAGGCAAUGAACAUAUACAAGUUGGAUUGAUGUUUGCAUCAAAAGCGUUUGUUCAACUGCUAGUCAAUCCAUUAAUUGGUCCGUUGACUAACAAAAUUGGUUACAGUAUUCCAAUGUUCACAGGAUUUGUGAUUAUGUUCACAUCAACUAUUGUAUUCGCAUUCGGGGAAAGUUACGCAGUGUUGUUUGUCGCAAGAGCUUUACAAGGCGUUGGAUCUGCUUGUUCCAGUGUUUCAGGUAUGGGUAUGCUGGCCACUUGUUACAGUGAUGAUAAGGAAAGAAGUCACGCUUUCGCUAUUGCUUUGAGCGGUUUGGCUAUGGGUGUAUUGGUUGGUCCACCAUUUGGAGGAAUUACUUAUCAAUUUAUUAAUAAAGAGGCUCCAUUUCUGAUUCUAGCCACUCUUGCACUAGCUGAUGGAGUUUUACAGGUGAUCGCUUUGAAACCAGCAGUACGUAAAGAAGAAGAAGAAGGUGCUGCUCUGUGUGAACUUCUCAGAGAUCCGUAUAUACUGAUAGCUGCAGGUUCAAUAACAUUUGGUAAUAUGGGUAUAGCUAUGCUUGAACCAACCUUACCUUUAUGGAUGUGGAAUACAAUGAAAUCUGAAGGAUGGCAACAAGGUGUUGCUUUCUUACCGUGUAGUAUUGCCUAUUUUAUUGGUACAAAUGUAUUUGGUCCAAUCGCGCAUAAAAUUGGUAGAGGUUUAAGUGCUGGGAUCGGUAUGGUGAUAUGUGGAAUUUGUCUACUUGCUAUUCCAUUUUGUACAAGAAUUGAACAUUUAAUUGUUCCAAUGGGUGGACUUGGAUUCGCUAUUGGUAUGGUUGAUUCUUCAAUGAUGCCAAUUAUGGGUUAUUUAGUUGAUUUAAGACAUGUUGCCGUGUAUGGAAGUGUUUAUGCUAUCGCUGAUGUUGCAUUUUGCUUGGGAUUUGCAGUUGGACCUAUUUUAAGUGGUGCAAUUGUUAAAGGUCUCGGUUUUAGCUGGAUGCUUUGGUCUAUUUCAAUUGUCUGCCUACUGUACUCUCCAUUAACGUUAUACUUGAGAAAUCCACCAAAACGUGAAGAAGCUCGAUCACUUGUAGGUAUGAAAAAUGGGAAUGAACACAGAGAAGUGAACUCUUUUGAAAGUGAUCAAAAGAUGCCAUCGAUGUCUGGUAUUCCAACAAUUCGCCUAGGCUCAUCAAUUGAUUAUGAUCCUACACUUGGAGGACUUCAUGAUUACAGAUAUGAAUGAAAAGAUUAUUUCUGAAUACAAUUUCAAUAUAUACAAGUAGUCUUUCAUGCAGAAAUGGGAUUGUAGUUCGUCAUGUAAUCCCAACAUCUCUUUUUUUUCAACAUGUAUUUAUGAUAAAAUAACAUUUUCAGAUACAAAUCCCUAUCUGUUUGUUGGUGUUCGUUUUCUUUUCUUUUCUAAACUUCAAAUGUCAUUUGAUCUUACUUCAUUCAACUAUAUGCUAACUUCUACACACAUAUAUACAGUGUGAUUAACAUGGUAUUUACCGAUUUCAACAUCACAUCCACUUGAUGUAUCAAUCACAGAAAAACAUUCUUUCACACUUCAACUAGCAAUUUCUGUUUAAAGUUUCUAAAAAUAAUUGAAAAACGCAAUUAUACACUAAAAAGAACAGGUCCAGAAUGAGAAUUUGACCUCCAGCUUCUUUUUUUUGUCAA